AUGAUAUUCACUGACACUGACGCUCAUGGAUACCCUAGCGCCACUCCAUUGGCGUUUUCAGAGUCCCCCGGAACAGAGCUUCUGACAUCAGCACUUAAAGCAGAUACUGAUGCGGGUGAUGAUGUAGAAGAACCAACAUUACUUUGUACUUCCAACUGUCCUGUUACACCAGAAAAUGCAGAGACGGGUCUUAAGCAGGCCCUCCAGCAGGUUCUACAUCUCAAGCGGCAAAAUGUCAACAAAGAGGCUAUCGGUACAUACGACCCCAUUCCAAUUGAUCUUUGCAAAGCUUGUCUGGACAACUUCUGCAAGCACUACCGCGUCGAUGUUUUCCCCGAUUUUAUCAACAUGGAGCUCAUGUAUCGAAUUCCCGACAUCAUCAACUUGCCUGAGAUUACCGUGGACCCGGCCGCCUUGAUUCUCUUUCAUUGCAUACUAUAUCAUGGCUCUUUGACACUUCCGGCUUCAAUAGCUCCACAGGAUUGGAAAACCACUCGAACUAUGUACGUCCACUGCCUUCGGACUUUACCAGCCUGGCGAAUGCAAGUUCUUGGGACGAAGACGGACCUUAUCACAGCUAUCUUACUGAUGCGAGCUGCCUUCCAGCAAUGUGACUUGGAGUUCGGCUGGGGAAUGUACACGCUUGUGUGUCAAUGUGUAAAAAAGCUAAACAUGCACAAUCUUGAUCAGAGUUUCCCCACACUGUUCCUUGAUUCUGAACUUCCAUCAGAAGGAGCAGAUCAGCACAGGAAGGGCUUCUGGAACUUGGUGCUUGUCGAUCUCUUCUUCCGGCUACUUCAUGGUAAGCCUGCUAUAAUUACUGCUGAUACGGCCGACUGGCGCGUCAAUCUCCCAUCGAUAAAUACUGCCCCCGAUGAUACCGAACAUAGAGCAUCUACUCUGGCAUUCCUUGUCAAGUCUCGGUUAACUUUGAUCUUCCUUCGCUUCUUCGAUAAGCUAGGCCAAGAUCAAGAAGAAGAGGAUGGUGUAGUUAUUCUCACCGCAGGGUUAUACGAAGAAAUCGAGGUCUUAUUUCGGGAAUGGUCCGUGACUGAUUCGAUGACGGCAUACGAGGAUAAUGACGGGUCUUGGUGGAUGCUAUACGAUGUUACCAUGACAGCAUAUAGCUCCAUGAUGAUUUUGAGCCGCGGGCUAGUAGUUUCUCAGUCUGGCAUGUCUAUCACAUCCAUGGUAAGCGAUGACAUGCCUGUCUCUGCUCUAUCAGUCAACAUUUCACGCCGUAUCAUACGCUUGGUGAGCCUAGCGCUAAGAAAGUACCCCAGUCCAGCCACGGCGUGUUGUGUGUUUGGGGCUUUCCGCUGUUAUGUGGCAUAUGGUUGUCUAGCAAAACAUCUUUGCAUUAUUGGACUGGAAUACCCUGAUCAUUUUGCACAGGCCGAUCUGGUCUUGUUGGAGGAGAUUGCUCAGAAGAUGACUACAUUAGCGGAGAAGGACAAAGACCUUGUGCCCAUGGCGCGCACGCUUGAUGUGCUAAAUAAAAGUAUUUGCGUUCAGUGGGAAGAAUGGCGAGGAAGCUAUCAGGUCUAG